AUGGUGAGAAGGAAAGUUUCACUACUUGUAAAUGAGGAAAAAGAUUGGAAGUUUUCAGUAACCUCGCAUGGAGACAUCUAUACGAUACCAUGGAGAGAAGAGCACAAAUCUAUGAGCAUUCAGUCACAGAAUCGAAAUGGGCCAGCUGGUGUUGGGAAGUAUCGUCGUGACACUGCUGAAGAAAGUGCCUCAGUGCUAGAGGACCUGGAUCAUUUGCUUGACAAUGAAGAGCUCACUUUGCAGCAAAGAAUGAGCAGACUGGAGCUCCAGCUCGGUCCUGAGAAGGUUUGGAGAUGUGUAAAAAAGCUUGGAGAAGUAAGAAUCUGGCAAGAGCUUGCCCUAUCUGUGGUGUGGUGA